AUGGCAUCGGGAUCCCCUUCUAUUCCUGAAGGGGUCCAGGACGACCCUCCCUUUCCCCUGAGGCUGCGCUGCGGCGUCCGGCCGCGGGAGUUGGGCGCGAUUUGGCGACUGCACCUUCGCUCCUUCCCCAUCGCGUACAAUCGGGAUUAUUACCGAUGGCUGUCCGGGCCUUCUUGCCUGAGCGUCGUCGCGCUCACCACCCCCGCGGCCUCCCAGGCGAUCCGAGGAUCCCCUGAAAACAAAAAAACGAAAAAAAAAUCCCCUGCGGUGGGGGAGGAGUUGGUUUCCAUCACGCAACUUCACGUUCGGGGAAUUUCGGACGAGGAGGGAGUGGACUUUACCCCAAUGAUCCAUUCCCCAUCCGACACGGACGAUCCCACAGCUGGGGAUAACGACGCGAGCGAGGAGAAUUAUUCGGUCGUGAUUGGGUUGGCAGCGGGAGAGAUCGGUUAUGCGCGGCAUCAGCGUGGGUAUUUGUUCACCAAUCCCACGUGCUACCUCUGCUCGCUCGCGAUCGAUCCGAUUUUCCGUAGGCUUGGGCUUGGCGGUAUACUUCUCGAUUAUUUCAUUGACUACGUCAGGAAUAUGCCCCUGCGGGCCUCGUUGUUUUUACAUUACGACCCUUCAAGUAUUGCGAAGGUUCUAAAAUUAACUUUAUUCGCCGAAUCGUCUAUCAACACCGCUUCGUUGUCAAAUGAUGUCAAUGCGGGGGUAAAGGUUGGGGGUUGUGCAGACUCCUCGAAGGACCCGGCCAAGGUGGGUAUAUUUACUGAGGAGGGUGUGAAGGAGCGGCAUUGGAUAAUGGACGCUAUUUUGAAGUCCAAAGACCUAUGGACACCGUCUUGGAUGAGAAUUCGAAGGGCGCGGGAAAGGUGGAUGGGGGAGGAUCACACACUUGACCACGCCACAUGCUCCUCCAACACGAAGAAUCCCGACCUCGAUACGCUCUUUCAAGGGGCUGCGCCCUUGGAGGGGGAUUUUGCGGGGCAGGACCCGAUCGUUCAGCGAGGUGUGCGGGAGGUUUGGCUCCAUUGCAUUGCCAAAGAUCUUUUUCUUAUGAGUUUUUACACCCGGCGUGGCUUUCAGUUGAUUAGGACGCUCAAAAAUUUCUACGAAAUUGGUUCGUCCUAUUUCGACGCGAGCUUCCUUGUAUACAGCGCUGAGCCGUCCCCGCGCGGCAAUCCCCAUAUAGAUGCCAAUCUCUUAUAUGGAGAAGAGAAUGGGCAACCCAACGAUAGCAACAAACUUCAGGCUCAACCCGAAAGGGUUCAGAAGGUAUAUUCCUCACUAGAAAAUAACGUAGUCGGCGCCGUGCACGACGAUUUUUUUACCUCAUCCGAAGGGAUAAUUGUGCCAUUGUUCAUGCGUCUGUCUCCUCCUUUCUACCAGGAGGUCGAUCAGAUAGUGUUGAAAUCAUCGGAUAAGUGCCGUCAGGAAUGGAAAUUCUAUAUGUCCAUACGAGAAAGCUUUUCUACGACACAACCACUCAAGUCCGAUACAAUUAAAGAGUUUUUUUUUGCUUCUAGUGCCCUAUUGCCAAUAUUAACCGUGACCUGGAUAAUAUACAAAAUCAUGUUCUGA